AUGGAUGAUAUUAAAAAUGGCAAUAAAUUAGCAUUUAUUAAUUCAAAAGAAAUUUUAAAAGAUAAUUACAAUAUAUUAGAAGAAAUAAAAUUAUCAACAUUUACAAUAACAUCAAUUGAUCAAAGCUCAGAUUGUAGCAUUUUAGCUAUUGGUAUAACAUCUGAAUCAUCAGGAUCAAGUAUUGUUAUAAAAAAUUCACAAACAUUAAAAGAUAUAUGUGUUAUUACACUUAAAAAUUUAUGUCAUCAAGUAAAAUUAUCACAACAUAAUGAAAAUGUUUGUUCAUUAUCACGUUUAAUAAUAUAUGACAAAAAAAAAAUUGAUAAAAUUCUUAUAAAUAUAACAAUAUAUUCAAUACAGUACUCAAUGUUAUUAACUGAUACGUGUAUUUUCGAUGAAAAUGAUAUUGGUAAAUAUAUUGACAUCUCAUUUUGUCCUGUAGAUGAAUCAAUUUUAUUUUUACUAACAAAUAUUGGUGCAUAUUUUUUAAGAUUACAAAAUAAUGUUAUAACAAUAUUAUCAUCAAUUGAACUUAUAAAUAUUGCAUCACAUUCAUGGGUUAGUGAUACUUAUAUUGCUAUUGGUUCAAAUGAUGGAAAAUUAUAUUUAUAUAGAGAAACAACACCAUUAAAAUUAAUAAAUAUAAGAUCAAUUGAAUGUGAAAUAUUAAAAUCAUAUUUAGUUAAUGAUAAAGAAGAUAUGUUAGGAAUAAAAUAUAUAACAUCAAAUAUCUAUAAAAUAAUUAUAUAUUUAGAAAUAGGAAUAAUAUUAAUAUUUGAUAAUAUUCAUGAUAUUGAUAAAAUAUUUCAAAAAUGUAAAAUUAUUGUUAUUAAUGAUAGAAAUAAUGAAUUAAUAGAAAAUAAUAUACCAUAUAAAUGUUUAGGUGUAAAAUUAGACUACAAUGCUUGUAAUAUGUUAUAUAUAAAUAAAAAAGCUGUAUAUACAACAAAUAUAUUAUAUACAAAUGUUAUUGCUGAAAAAGAAAUGAGAAUUGUUAUUGGGCAAAAUUGUUCUACUAUAACUAAUUUAGAUAUUAUUGAAAUGAAUAAUAAUGACAAAAGAGAAAUAUUAGUUAGUUUAGAUGAUGACAAUAAUAUUAUAUGUACUGAAUUAUAUUCAAAACAAAUAUUAUCUUUUAAAAAAUUUUUUAACAAUCAAAUAGUUGGAUUUUGUACAUUUAAAUUUGGUUAUCAAAUUUUAAUUGCUAAUAAUGAUGGAAUAUAUAUAUAUGAUCUUACAUAUUUAGAUAUUAAAAAAAGAAAUGAACAAAAAAUAUUAAAUGGUAAAGCUAGUAUUAUUGUAUCAAAUUAUGAUAAAACAUAUGUAGCAAUUAUUAUUGAAUCAUCUUUAUAUAUAUUAAAUCUUUAUACUUUAGAUAUAAUAUGUAAUUGUAAUUUAAAAUUAAAAAAAAAAAAAAAUAUAGAUUGUGAAAUAAUAUGUUGUAAAUGGAGUGAUAAUAACAAUUUAUUCUCCUUCCAGCCUUCAUCAUUAGGAAUUUUAACAAAAAAUGAAAAUAUUUUGUUUAUUGAGGGAAGAUGUGGAAAAUUAUUAUGGUCAAUAACAACAAAACUCAAAUUUUUUAUAGAUAUAUGUUUAGGAAAUAAUGAUAUAGUAUAUGCAUUAAAUAAAAAAUAUUUAGUUACAUGUUAUAAAGAAGGCCAAGAAAUUAAAACAAUAUCUAUUCCGACUUAUCAUUCUGUUGGUACACGUGUAUAUACAAAAUUUAUUGAAAUUUUAGGUAAUGAUUUAUAUGUAGGAGAUAAUAUGGGUAUUAUAAAUGUCCUCAUAAAUCAAGCAAAAAAUGAUGAAAAAUUUGUAAAAAGGAAAGUUAUAAAGUCAAUUAAAUAUAAUUAUACAGGAAAUACAGAUGAUAAAGAUAAACAAAUAUAUAUGAGUUGUAUGAAAAUAAAUAAAAUAUCAAAUAUUAUUUUACUUGGUUAUAAUAAUGGUUUUGUUAUAAAAAUUUCAUUAAAUAAUACAAAUAAUAAUUUACAAUCAGAUAUACUUAAUAUAGAAAGUAAAAAAAAUACAUUAUCAAAAGAAUUAAUAUUAUAUCCAAUAAAUAAAAUACAAAAUUUAGAAGAUCUUGUGUCACAUUUAUCAUUUGAAAGAAAUUGUAUUAUAAAUGGAAGCAAACAGAUAUUAGAUGAUUAUAUAAAAGAAAAAGAAAAAGAACUAAUUGAUACAACUACACUUUUAAAAAAUACUAUUAAAAAUUUAAAAGAAAAUAUAAAAAUUUGUGAAAAGAAGUAUAUAAAUAAAUUGGAUGAUAAGGAAGAAAUAAUAGGAACACUUAAAAAAGAACAUAAAAAUGAGAUGGAUAACAUUAAAAAUUUUUAUGAAAAUAUGAUAAAUGAUCAUUUAAGGCAAGUUAUUAAAAUGAAAAAUGAUUAUAAUGAAGAAAUUAAUAAUAUUAAAAAUAUUUAUGAAAAAAAAAUGAAUGAUUGUAAAAAAGAAAUUAAUGAAUUAAAUAAUGAAUAUCAAAUAAAAAUAAAUAUUGAAAAAAAUGAAAAAAAGACACUUGAAGAAAAAAUUAAAUAUUUAGAUGCUGAAAUAUUUGAUUUAUGUAAACGUAUUGAUCAAACUGAACAAAAAAUGGAAAAACAAAUACAACAAGAAAAAACAGAAAAAUUAAAAUUAAAAGAAAAUUUUGAAAUUGCAAUCAAAGAUAUUAAGGCAACAUUAGUUAUUUUAAAUGAUGAAAAAGAUGCUCUUCUUGAUACAGCUUCUAUGGGACGUAUGGAAAUUCAACUUUUAAAAGAAGAAAUUAUGGAAAAAAAUGAAAAAAUCAGUGAAUAUGAAGGUUCCUUAAUUGGUAUGGAAAAACAAUUAGAAGAAAAAAGUAAAAAUUUACAAGAAAAAAUAAGAAAUAUUAAUAUGUUAAAAGGAAAAAUUCAUUUAUUAGAAAAAGAAGUACAAAAAGAAAAAAAAGAGAGAAUAAGUAUUGAAAAACAUAUGAUUGAAUUUGAAACAAAGAUUGAAGAUAUGUCAAGAAACGUUUACGAUGAACAUAAAUUACAACAUAAUGCUUUAAGUUUAAUUGGAAUGUACAAUACAACUAAACCAAAAUCAUUAAAAACAAAAUUAAAUUUAAUGAGAAAUUAG